AUGCUUUCGUUGUCCAUACUUACAUGGAUUCAAUUCCUGGCUUUCUACUUGGUGACGUUGCCGACCUUCGGUUAUGAAAAAUCCACUCAGUCGAUUGAGGAUGUGAGGAAGUUGGAGGUGCAGCUCAUCGAUGCACGCAAUAUCAUGCGGUCACGUUUUCAGUACUGUACCGCUCAUUGGCGAGAUGAGGAUUCACCUCGCAGUGGACGUAUCAAGGAGUACUGGCAUAAAGCGCUUCAUAAAGCAAGAACGUCAUAUCCUGACAGUAUCACGUGUCUCAUGGAACUGAAACCGUUGCUGCAAAAGCAUAAAGAGCUAAGGGAAUUGUUGGAACAACGGAAAAUCGAGGAUGACGAGAAGAUCAAUGCCGGUCUGGAUGCGUUCCUAACACGAAGUCAAAUUCAAGAGUUGCGCUAUUUUCACGAGAAUGGUGACAGCAAAGCAGUUGAAGAAGCACUUGACGAGUACUUUGAAGGACUCCCGUUAUCCAGAAAAAAUGCUCUGAUUUCUGAAUUCCUUGACUAUGAAUCCAAGCUGAAAAGGGUACAAAGAGACACCGACGAUUCUGAACAACAUAUAGAAGAAUACGAUGAUGAAGUGCUGGAUCCAGAACAGUUGAAACCAGAAUGGUUAGCCUGGCAAACACCAAGACAUAAAAAGCUUAUAAGUAAAAUGAUCAUCGGGAAGGCAAAUAAAUGGGAAGUUAUGAAUGAAAUUGGUGAUCAGUUCUAUCAUUUACGGAAAGAGGUUCGACAGCAGUACAAAGAAUAUCUACAACACUACUGCAUCAAGAACCUAAAGAAUGUGAUUGGAGAGACGAAUUUUAACGUUCUACGAGGUAUGUACAUGGACACAGACCCUGUUGAACAAAUCGAGACGAAAUUCCACGAACUUGUUGCUGAACUUCACGAAGAAAGGGAACGACUGCUAGCAGAUCAUUACGCUGUAUUCUGUCGAAAAAUAUUUCGAUUAGUACAUUUUGAGCCAACUGAUCUAACAAUUUGGCUCACAUCGGCGCAAAAAUUCGAUCUUGGACAAAUGAUUCAAAAUCCAGACGUUAACGAUACACAUAUCUACGAUAAGAUGUACGAAUUCUAUUUGAACACAACUGGUGAGGCAAGAGAAGAAGCGAAGGACAUUAUCGAAUCUGGUUGUAGACAUUUCAUCGAGCACAUGUUUGGCGACGACAAUGCCGAGGAACUCGAAGAACUCCGAUUAGGUGGGACAAUUUCAAAGCAACAUCUUGCCGCCCGAUUAGCAGCGCAUGCUUUUGAGGUAACAGAUGAGAUGGAUCGAAAGAGAGCUGAAGGCUCGCUGUCCAUCUGUAGCCGCAUUUAUCUUGGCUAUGAUGGUUCAUGUGAAUGUCAUGGACAUGCGACGAGUUGUGACAGCGUACGCCAUAACUGCCUGAAUUGCACUGACAACACCUAUGGGGUUCAGUGUGAACUUUGCAUGGAGUCGUUUACGGGCGAUCCGCUCACUGGUGGAUGCACACCAGUAGAGCACGAAGAGACUUCCUGCACAUGCAACAACCACUCCAGUUCGUGUGAUCCGGAAGGGAAGUGCCAGUCAUGUCUUCAUAACACCACCGGCGAUAGCUGCGAACGAUGUGCGUCGGGAUUUUACGGUGACGCGACCACUGGGACUCGUGAUGACUGCACCAUCUGUCCCUGUCCAAACAAUGGCGAAUGUUUCGUCAACGAAAAUAAUUUGGUGGAAUGUCGUGAAUGCCCGACAGGGAAAAAGGGGAUCACCUGCGAAGAGGAUGUUACUCCACAAGAAGAAGAAGAAGGCAAGCAUCAAAAAGAGAAAGAAAAAGAAGAAAAGAAAGAGGAAAGGAGAAAAGAAAGCAACAGUGGUGAAGAGCAACAGAUAAAAAGCGAAGAACAUCAGGAAGCUACUACUACUAGUGCUGUUAAUGUUGUAGCUGAUGAUACCACAGUCAAGCCGACUGAAGUUGAUGUACAGGAGUAG